UAGAGUCCAGUAAAAAAAGAGAAAGGAGGCGAUUUAUGCUUUGAGCAGCAGCAAACCGGAAAGGUCAUCGCAAUCCGUCAGUCAAAACAAAAUUUUGGCCAGUUAUUUGUGCUUUUGAAGGAGUAAAGGUGAAUCUGACGUCGAGGAAAUUUAGUUGCUUUUGGAGAUUUGGGGAUACUACUGUUGCGCUCUCGAUUCUUUCACAAGCCAUCCUGAAUAUUGUCGUCUGCUAAAACAGGAGCAGUUUUCUCUGUAAGUGACAGACUGCGCGCUUUCUGGAUUGAGGACUCAAACACUGGAGGUGAUGGCGGCGUCUGCACCCUCCUCCUCCUCCUCCUCUUCUGGCGGCGUUCCGGAUCCCAACUCGACAAAUUUACAGCCACCUUCCUCAAACUACGACUGGAGUGGAGUCGCUCAUGGAUGUACAAGGAAACUUGGAAUGAAGAUAUGUGGGUUUUUGCAGAAGAACAAUAAUGUUGACGACAAGGGUCGAAUUGUCGGGUUGUUUAACGACCAGCAGCCCAGGAGUAUUUUAACCCGGGACAACGAGCGAGACUCCCGCUUCAGACGCACAGAGACGGACUUCUCCAAUCUGUAUGCAAGAGAUCUGCUUCCUGCUAAAAAUGGCGAGGAGUACACCAUGCAGUUCCUGCUGGACGUGGUGGAGAUCCUCACAAACUAUGUGCGCAAGACCUUCGACAGAUCCACCAAAGUGCUGGACUUCCACCAUCCACACCAGCUGUUGGAGGGCAUGGAGGGCUUCAACCUGGAGCUGUGUGACCAACCCGAGAGUCUGGAGCAGAUUCUGGUGGACUGCAGGGACACUCUGAAAUACGGGGUCCGGACAGGUCACCCAAGGUUUUUUAACCAGCUGUCUUCAGGACUAGACAUCAUCGGUUUAGCUGGAGAAUGGUUGACCUCCACUGCCAACACCAACAUGUUCACGUAUGAGAUUGCGCCGGUGUUUGUGCUGAUGGAGCAGCUCACGCUGAAGAAGAUGCGAGAGAUUGUCGGCUGGCCGAAUGGAGAGGGAGAUGGCAUUUUCUCACCAGGAGGAGCGAUCUCCAACAUGUACAGCGUGAUGGUGGCGCGAUAUAAACACUAUCCUGAGGUUAAAAUCAAAGGCAUGGCGGCGGCUCCCAGACUGGUGCUGUUCACCUCAGAACACAGUCACUACUCUAUAAAGAAGGCCAGCGCAGUGUUGGGUUUCGGCACAGAGAAUCUGAUCCUGCUGAGAACAGAUGAACGAGGUCGAGUUAUUCCAGCUGAUUUGGAGGCCAAAGUCAUUGACGCCAAGCAGAAGGGUUUUGUGCCGAUGUUUGUGAACGCGACGGCUGGAUCUACAGUAUACGGAGCCUUCGACCCAAUCAAUGAGAUCGCCGACAUCUGUGAGAAAUACAACAUGUGGCUUCAUGUAGAUGGAGCGUGGGGUGGAGGCUUGCUGAUGUCCAGAAAACACAGGCACAAGCUCAGUGGCAUUGAGAGAGCGAACUCCGUCACCUGGAACCCACACAAGAUGAUGGGUGUUCCUCUACAGUGCUCCGCCAUUCUGGUCCGGGAGAAGGGUCUUCUACAGGGCUGUAACUCCAUGUGCGCUGGAUAUCUCUUUCAGCCGGAUAAGCAGUAUGACGUCACCUACGACACUGGAGACAAGGCCAUACAGUGUGGCCGUCAUGUAGACAUCUUCAAAUUCUGGCUCAUGUGGAAGUCAAAGGGCACUACUGGUUUUGAGAAGCACAUUGACCGAUGUCUGGAGCUGUCGGAGUAUCUCUACCACAAGAUCAAAAACAGAGAAGGAUAUGAGAUGGUGUUUCAAGGGGAGCCACAGCACACAAAUGUAUGUUUCUGGUACAUUCCUCCAAGCCUGCGGCUCCUGCCAGAUGGAGAGGAGAAACGACAUCGGCUUCAUAAGGUUGCCCCAAAGAUCAAGGCACUGAUGAUGGAGUGCGGGACAACAAUGGUGGGCUACCAGCCUCAGGGUGAGAAGGUCAACUUCUUCAGGAUGGUGGUCUCCAAUCCGGCCGUUACCAGGUCUGACAUUGACUUCCUGAUCGAUGAGAUAGAAAGACUGGGACAAGAUUUAUAGAGAACACAGAACAAGUUCAGUAGAUGCAAGUCAUCUGGAAAUGGAGGAGACAUUCAGAAGUGUUGUAUCAGCUCGAUAUUCCAGAGAAUUAGGCCCUGUCCACAGAAACACAGGUAUUUUUUAAAACCACAUUUUUUCCAUGCGAUUUCGAAAUCAUAUUAUCAGGUGACUGGGUCUUCAAUGGGUUUUAGCUUCAAUCGCAGUUCUACCUCUUAGCCCUUCCACUCGUUUUGUGCGUUCACAUGAAGAGGUAGGGGUGUUCCAAUUCCCUUUAGCUUGAAGGCGUAGGGCUAAGGCGAAGGGCUAGAUAGCCCUUGAAACAGAGAUUUUUCAGGACCACACUCGAA